AGUGCCCCCUUUUAGAGAAAGGAGCCUUUCCAUGUGUACUGUCCUUCAUACUGUCGAUUUUUUUUCUGUUCCAGCCUCUGCAUAACCGUUAAUUAUCUGAAAAACCCUAUUUCCCCAAAUCGAUGAUGAAAGGUUCAAAGCGUUUGGCUGUGUCAGAGCCCAACCAGGUCGAGAGUAACGAAGCACCGAUGCAGUUCCGGAAUAAAAGAAUAAUGGAAGGAUCCCUCUUUGAUGUUCAUAGGGCUGAACCAUCUCAACAACCAACGGUGACAGCACCACCAUUGGAUAUGAAACGGGCUGAGUCAUCACAGCAGCAUGUGAGAGCUUUAAAUACCCAAUUUGCAAGUUGGGUUCAAACGCAACUAAAGAAUCAUCCGGAUGAGCUUUGGGAAGACGGUGUGAGAGAUUACUUAAAUCAUGCUUCAAGCAUUAUGGAAAAGUUCAGUGAUGUUGUCAACUGGCUCAAAGCAAAUGCAUCCAAGCCAGAAAAUUCAGUUGCUGAUGCUGGUGCUGCUUUUUCUGCGAAAAAACUCUUGCCUGAAGUAGUAAACAAAGAAAAUAAAUCUUUUGGAGAAAAAACUGGGUUUACUCCUGUUACAACUCCUACAAGUUUUUCUAGUUCAUGGAGUCCUGGAUUAUUUUCAAGCAGUCAAAGCAUUUUUGGAUUUGGUAACCAAAGUUCAGCUCCCUCUAACCACAAGGCUUCAGUUGACGUAGAUGAAGGUGAUGAUUCAAUUCUACUCUCUUAUUUCUUAUCUUUAUUUCUUUUAGCAAGUAUACUCUUACUUUUUUUUGCUGUUUGACCUUUUAUGUGGCCA